UAUCUCUGAUGUGUGUAACCCCUUUAGGAUUAUUGUGACACAAACCCCAGUCCCUCCUUCCGUCUGGUUACAGAGAACAUCCCUUGUGCAACCACCAGCUCCAUUUGCUCCAAGUCCAUCAAUCUGUUCUUUGGGAAAUACGAGAUGAUUUUAUCUGAGGAGGAAGAUGUGAAAGUAAUUGAAAGCAUUGGCACGGAGUACAGAUAUCAAAUCAGUUCUGCAGGCAUAUAUGUUGUCAUAGAGGUUGAAGGGCUUUUGAACUUAAUCUGGGAUAAAAAAACAAGUGUGAUGAUCCAACUCAAUAACAAAUUAAAGGGCAAGGUGUGUGGACUGUGUGGAAACUUUGAUGGUAAUGCAAACAAUGACUUUAUGAAGCACAAUGGAGAAGUUGUGACAGAUCCAGACGAUUUUGGGAAUAGCUGGAAGGUGAAGCCCAGCUGCCCUGAUGUAACAAACGUGAUGCAUCCUUGUGACGCAAAUCCACAUCGACGUGCCUGGGCUAUCAAACAAUGCAGAAUCAUCACAAGCGAUGUCUUUGCAGACUGCCAUUCGCUUGUGGAUUCUGGCCCAUACUAUGAUGCCUGUGAAAGGGACACCUGUGCAUGUGACAGUGGGGGUGACUGUGAUUGUCUCUGUACUGCAGUGGCAGCUUACGCUGCUGAAUGCCGUAAAAGAGGAGCUUGUGUGACAUGGCGAAAACCAAACUUUUGCCGUAAGUCCUAAUAUUUCUAUUGU